GAUACGAAAUUAUCUCUUUAUCAAGAGAUGCGCAAUAUUAAAAACCAACUCGAAAAUCCAAAAGACUCGAUCAAACAACUCGAACCAACUUUGCUAAAGGAUCCGUUAUUUAACCGCACAUCAGAUUGUCGUGGUAAAUUAAAACAAAUCGUAAAAAAAGUCUAUAAGGGUUUCAUCGAAGUAGCGUGCAAAUCACGUAAUCCCGAGGAUCAAAGGUUUCACCGUGAGUUAUUAAUUUUAGAAAAACUGGAUGAAUGUCAGUACGUUGAAAAAUUUUAUGGGAUUUCCAAGUAUAAUGGUAAAGAAGUUAUGAUUUUCGAGUGGGCAGAAAUGGGCAAUUUGAAAGAGGUCUAUAAUAAAGAAUGCAUUUCUUGGAAUUUAAAAGCUCGAAUCGUAUUUGAGAUUUGCAAAGGGAUCAUAUUUUUGGACUCUGUUGGCGUUUUUCACAAUGAUAUUCGAUGUGAGAAUAUAAUGAUGUCACGCUUUAUGGAACCGAAACUCGCCAAUUUUCAUUUUGCCAUACUGCAUAAUGAGACAAAUAUAGCAAUAAAUCAGCCAAUAAACGAUAUCAAUUGGAUGUCUCCCGAGAAAAUGCGUAAACUAUUAAAAGAAUCCGAUAAUUCUAAUCAAAUCCCAUAUAGUCAAAAAGAUGAAAUUUUCAG